AUGAUGCGCACUCCCAAAGCUUCUCUCGCCCGGGUUACACACUCGUCCGCCACUGGUCCAAUUGGCAAGUUCCGCAAAAAAUUCGCCUAUUCUGAGUGGCAGCUGCGUGUGCAACCACACCUUGGACUCGGAAGAAGCUGUUUUGUGCUCUUUCCGCGGUCGAAGGCAGCUCUAUUGGGCCUGUGCCGACCACAACACAGAAUGCGUCACCAUGGUCAGUCUCGCCUACGACCUGUCCGUGCUCAUUUAUCCUGGUCGGGUCCUACCCGAAUGUGA